AUGCAAGCUCCAUUCAUGCCCUGUAUCCUUGAUAAUUAUCUUCUAAAAAGUGCUCAUUCAAUAGGAUCAGGGAUCAAUAUCCUACAAAUUAAUAAAUUAAAAAAAACUAUGAAAGGGAAGUAGAAGUCUUUCACUAUGUAUUAGUAUUAGAAUUAUGUGAUUGUAUUUUUUUUUAAAUAGCAUCUCUAAAGUAAUAUUUAGAACAUUGUUCUUCUAUUAAUGAAGAGCAAGCCCUCGAUAUAUUUACCUAAAUUUAUAAUGGAUUUUCUUGGUAAAUGGUUAUUAAGUAAUUUUAGUUUAUAAAAUCAAAAAUACUGUCAUAGACAUAUUAAACCAUAAAAUAUAAUGAUCAAAAAUAGUUGUAUCAAAAUAAUAGAUUUUGGUUUUUGUAAGAAAUUAAACUAUCUCGAAAAUAUUUAAUAACAUACAAAAGUCGGAACUUAAGGAUAUCAAGCCCCAGAAAUUAUGAGAGGGGAUUAUGACCCUCAAAAAUCAGAUAUUUAUUCAUUGGGUAUUGUUUUUUUAUGAAAUCCUUUAUGGAUUGUAAAAGCUUUAGAAUCCUCAAGAAUUUACAUAUUCUUUAGAUAAAAAAGUUAGCGAAAUGACAAAGACUUUAAUUUAAAUGAUGCUAUAAAUUGAUUCUAAUGACAGGAUUACUUGGAAAGAUAUUGGACCCUUUUUGAAUGCAAUAAAAAAUAAUUUUGGGGGUGAUAAAGUUUAUUAGAUGUAAUUAGAUGAAAAUUUAGAAUAAAAAUUUAAUAUUUUAUAAUAGACUCUUUUAUAAUGUCAAAAAUUUAGCAAGGAAAUAAAUAAUUAUUCUACUUAAACUUUAAAACUUUUAUUAAUUAAAAAAGUGAUUUUAGAAUUUGAAUAAAAGAAAUUAGAACUUGAAGAAUAAAAAGAAAAAUUAGAAAAUGCAAUCAAAUAGGUAUAAGAUGAUUUAGAUUUUUCGUUACAAAAAUUAUAGAUGCUUUUUUUAAAAACAAAAAUAAAUAAAUUAAUAUCAAAUUUAGAAGAUUAAAGAUAAAGAUCUCAUAAUGAAAAUAGAGAGAUUUAUCAUGAGAAAAGAAUUUUAGUAAGUGAAAUGAAUAAUAAUUUCUUCAUAAAGGAUUUUACUUAUUUGAAUGAAGAGCUUUUCAAUGAAUAAUCUAAAAAUUGUAAAUAAAAUUUAGAAAAAGAAAUAAAUUAUUGUUUCUCAUUAUUCUUCAAUUCUGAAUUUGUUUUAAAUAAAUAUUCAUUGUAAAUUAAAAUGUUGAAAAUAAAUAUCUUAAUAAUUGUAAAUUCAGAAAAAGAUUUUGUAAAAAUAAAUUAAUAAAAUAGAGUUAAAUUAAGGAUGAAUUAUUCAAUAACUAAUUAAUAGAUAAUAAAGAGCUUAGCAUUAUAGAAAUAAUUAAAAAAAUAUAAGAUGAAAAUUAGGCUGAAAAAUUUGAAAAAAGUCUUUUAAAUUUAUAUUAAGCUAAAUUAUUGUGCUAAUGA